CACAUCGCGGUGAACGUGGGCUUGAUGGUGCUGCUCUACCAGCCGCGCUUCGAGGGCAGGGACCGCUACGACUUCACCGCGUUCUCCGUCGCGUGCCCGGACGUGGACCGCACCAUCCUGGACCUGCAGCGGUUUCCCGGAAAGGUCGGCGACGCUGUGGAAUUCGCGAGAAAGGGCCUCAAGUACCUUGCCGCGGACGACCCGGACCACCUGGAGAAGUGCAGCGUCGGAGGGGACUCGAACACCAUCUCCGGCAUGGCCUGGUCCCCCAGGGGUGGGUCUGGUGUUGCCUCUCGGUCUCGGCGUUGGUGUUGGUUGGUGCUGGUGCUGAUAAUGGGGGUAGUUAGUGUUGGUGAUGAUGAGGGUGGCUGCGCGUGGGAUGGCGGGUGCCUUCUAUGUGUGGUGUCUUGCCUGCAUGCCGUGACGGUCUUUCAGCCGCCGAAAGACUCGCCCGAUGGCAUGGAGUGGGAGCCCCUGGCGACGGUGUCGUCAGCCCUGCUCCACUGGGGGCUACGAGUAUGCCCCACGGAGUCGCUUAGCCUCGACCACAAUGAUGACGGCGGCGGCGGCGGCGGUGGUGAUGGCGGCUUCGCCCUUAAGGGGCUGUGGGCGGUAGCGAGGGCCACCCGAACGCGCGCGGUGGCGUGGAUGGACCGGCGGUUGUCCUUGACGGCCGGCAGCGGUGGUGGCGGCGAUCGUUUGGACGUUGGACAGGACGGAGGAGGAGCGUUCACGUUGCUGGCAAUGGCCGGGGAUUUCGUCGUUACUCUGUGGACGUUUAGCAGCGAGACCACACCAAUAGGAGACGAGGAGGGUGAAGAGCAGGAGGGAGGCCGAUCGCUGGGCCUGCUCCGCGAGCGGCCUGCCUGGGCCGGGGACCUGCGGAGGAUGGGGACGAGCGGCGGUGAUGGAAACGUCAGAGCUCUCGCGUGGUGCCACGAAAGCGUCUCGACUCCGCCGUCAGGUGGCUACCACAACGGCGCCGCCGCGUCGUUCUCCCCUCCCCGCCCUACUCGAGACUUCUUGGCGAUCGGGAUGUCCGCCGGCGCCGUUCUGGUGCUCGCGGUGGAUAUCGGAACCAACGCCGACGCCGUGGCAGCGGCAGCGGUAGAAUCACCGGCUAGUCUCGCGCAUGUCGAUGCCGGCGGCGGGGGCAGCUCAGCGCCUGCCCGCGUCAGAAGCGGAGGGAUAACGGCGGCGGUAACAGCGGUGCCGUUGCGACGGGUGUGUGUGUCGGACGGGUCCCCCGUAACGUUCCUGGCUUUCGUCGUCCCGAGGAGUGCGCUCGCGGUAGCGAAAGGCGCGAUGGUAUCGCUCUUCCCUCUCGUGACCGCCACGGCUAGCAACAUCCACAACCAGCAGGACAAUCAGCACCCGGCGACGGAACCAACAACUACGGCACGGGUGACAGCAGCAACGACAACAGCAGAAGGUUUAGCGGCAUCGGGGCCGGCACGAGAGGCUACCCCUUCCUUGCCCCGCCGUUUCGCGGCGACCCCGGACGGGCGUCAGCCGGCGGCCGUUACGUGGCGGGCCCACGACCACAACGUGACGGGCAUCUCGACGGUCCCGUUCGCAGCCCCGAUGUCAAGCACCGCGUCGCCCCCUUCCCUCGCCGGUACUAGCCCAUCCUCUUCCCCAACGGCCCCGUCGGGGCCGGGUGCACCUCCUACAGCGGUGGGAAAUGGAAAACAUCGUCAAGACGGCGAGAAAGGCGGCGGCGGAAGUUGCGCUGGCGGUGCUGCCACCUCCGUCGGUGAUGCCGGUGCCGGGAGGGAUGAUUCCAGCCGGGAGGGGGGCGCGGAACGCGCGCGGGUGGGUGGCAAGCGGCGCCGACGAGAAGAAGGGGACGCUGGCGGAGGCUGUAGGAGGAGCGGCGGUCGUGCGACGGCGUUGGUGUACACGUGCUCGAUGGACGGGUCCUGCAGGGAGUGGGAGGUGGAGGUGGCGGUGUCCCCGGGUGGGGACCGCGGCGGCGGCGGCCGGGAGGGGGCUGCGAAGGCAAGGCUUAGAAAGACGGUAUCAAGAAUGACGAAGAGGGGAGAGCAGUCGCCGCUGAAGAACCCACCUCCUCUGCUCGGGUGCUCUGCGUCUCCCAACGGGGUCUUGGUGGCCUCCUUGGAGUUCUGUCGGCCGGAAAGGAGCACUCGGAAGGCGGUGCAGAACACGGCGAGGAAGGGGACGCACUGCAGGGUGGUCCUAACGCCGAUGAUGCCACCGGCGGCGGAACGUGCGGCGACCGUGACGGGUGGUCGGGAUUCUUCCUGGAAUUUUCCGCUGUCGUCGGGGGUGCUUUUGACGGAUUGGGCGUGGUACAUUCGGGCGGCUAUCCUCGGAGAUGCAGUGGUGCACAGCACCCGAGAGGAUAUUACUCCGUUCUCUCUCAUACCGACCGUCCGCAACGCCCUGGAGGACGCCAUCCUUAAGGCAGCCGAGGCAGCGCGCCAGGGAGCUCCAACUGGCGCGACUCGCUCGCGUCCCCGCCUCAAGACGACAACGGAAGCAACAGCCGCCGCCGCUGCUGACGAAGUGGCCAAUGACGUAUUGCCGAAAGCCAGCAAUGGCGGCGGCAGCAGCAACGACGGUGGCGGCUUUGGUGGUACCACGGCAAGCAGCAGCAGCAGCGGCAGCAGUCGAACACCGGCCUUGCUGUGGGACUUGCUGCGUUUACACCACGUGUUUCUAGCGACGGCCGCAAGCGUGGCCGGUUGCCAGGCCGACGUCCACGUGCCGCCGGUGGCGGACAACGGCGACGGGCCGGGAGACACCGACGAGGACGAGGACGAGGAUGGAGACGACGAUGGCGGCGGUGGCGGCGACGACAACAGCAGCUGUGGUGGCCAUGGCAACGGUGAUGACGGCGCAGCAGCCGCUGACGCUGCCUCCGAUAGUGAAAUAUCCGGUGUUGGUAGUAGAGACGGCAAAGGCGUAGAGGACGACGAGGAGGAGGACGAGGACGAGACGGCGGGGUCACUAGAUGCGGCAUCAUCACGAAAGGCAGCGCCGACCCGGAAACCCGGCAUGCCGCCCCCGCCGACCCCCCAGCAGCAGCCGCAGCCGCGGCCGCGGUCAUCCUCGAAGCAGGUGCCGCCACCGAAAAAGAAUACGACACGAUUUGCCGGGAACUGCCCGGCACCUUCGCGACCCAGGCGGUACAGGAACGAGAGUGAGCUCGACAAGAAAUCGGCGGCGUCAAUGGCGACGGUGAAGAAGAUCAAGCGCCGGAAGAGCGCCGCCGAUCGCGUGUCUGCGGCGGAAAUGGCGGCCCGGGCCUCCACCGCCGCGUCUGCCGCUCGCUCCCGCCUCGCUCUCAUGAGGGCGUGGGAACAGGUGCGUCUACCGCCCGGAGACGUGACUGGUGGGGUGGGGCGAGCGACACCUGCAAAGGUUCCAAAGGACGUGGUAUCGGCGACGCCGGCGGCCGAUAACGGCGGCGGCGGGGGCGGCGGCAGCGUUGACGAUGUGGGCGGAACGGCCGCCGGCACAAGCGCCGUGCAGCAACGGCAGCCGGCGGCGGUGGCGAAGCAGAGAGCGGCGGCGGAGCGUUGCCUUCGGGCAGCCUGCGGUCUGGCUAGCGCGCGCUCCCGCUCUGCGCUUGGACGGACGGGUGGCACCGCUGGCGGUUUCCUCGCCGGGCCGUUAGCGACGCCGGUGAUCGAUCUACCUCUCGAGCAAGACGUCCGAGCCGCUCUCCUCGAGCCGAAGGGAAGUGGAAAGAUGCUCGACAACAGGGUGAGGCAUGGUCGUGACGAUGUCUCACGUGGCGGGGUGGAGGGGGUUGCUGGGCAGGCUGCCGCCCCCGUCCUUAUCGCCUCCUCUGCCGGCCCCCAUUCCUCUGCGGGAGAGGAAACGUGCCUCUUGUGCGGCGCUCCGAUUCUGAGCGAUACGGCCGCCGCUGCCGCUGCUGCAGUGGCGGCGGCGCCCGCGGUGGCGGGCGCGGAUGACCCCCGGGCACGCGGCACGAUUUCAAUCGUUUCGAUACCCGCGGGGGUUGGAGCCUCGCCUGCGGGAGGCGGAGGCAGUGGCGGCGGUGGUGGCGACGGCAAGGUCGGCUCGAGGACGGCUGGAGAAGAAAACGCUUCGACGAGCGGGGGCAAGGGGGGGGGCGGAGAGGACGGGAUAGUAACGGGCGCGCUUGAGCUGCCCGGUUGGGUCGUGUGCCGCCGAGGCCACCGCUUCAGGAGGAGCAUGGAUACCCUCGCGCCGAUACCCGGAGUGGGCUACAGGCGGUGCGAGGUUUGCAGAUGCGUGAGGGCUUUGUCGCCUUCCUGCCGUGAUGAGGGAGACGGAUUGGGGGUGGGUGGUUCGGGGGGCUCGACGGCGGAAUUGGCGUCACCCCCGGACACCAGCACGUGCGUGUUUUGCAACGUCAUGCUCGCGUCAUGCGGUAGCGCCGUUAGUUGGCGGGCUUGAGCUUGAGGGGCUAUUUUACAGAAUAGGUAGAGGUAGAGGUUCGUCGCGCAUUCGUGAGUUACGCCACACGGGAUGGCCGGUGUCAUUCAUUUUGUGAUUCGACGUAGCACUUCAAGGUGCCCCUGCUUCACACAGGAGGAUUAGGGAUCGGUCGUUUUGAUGUCUUCCAGCUCGAAAGGCCGCUUGAUCGCUCGGUACGCGAACAGAAUAUUUGUUUUUCGCCAAUUUACGUUUACAUUUGCAUGCACCGAUAAGGGCGCUCGACAAUCCACCCGCCAACAAACUCGUAUCCGCCCACACUGGUCCUGCACCUCCUUGUCGGAUCAGGUUCGUGUACGCGGCGCUCUUAU